UAACGAUUUUCCUCCAGAUCACACACUAUGAUAUCACUCUCUUUCUACUCCUUUCCUAAUUCUUCACCCACCCUUCUUCUUCUUCUUCUUCCCCAUCUCUUUCUCUGAAAUAACCAGUGUGUGUAUGUGUGUGUGAGAGAAAUUGACCACAAGAUGAGGUUCCUCUUCCUCCUACUGCUGUUACAGUGCAUUCCCAACUCAUUCGCUGCCAAAUCAGGCCGAUUACCGGAAUACCAAGCACUCAUUUCCCUCAAAUCCGCCAUCUCCGACGACCCACAGUCCUCCCUUUCCACCUGGGACCUUUCUACCAGCCACUGUACUUGGUCCGGUGUCACCUGCGAUUCUAGACGCCAUGUUAUCGAUCUCGACAUCUCCGGCCGCAAUCUCACCGGCACUCUCUCUUCCGACAUUGGUCACCUCCGCAGCCUCGUUAAUUUCACCAUCGCCGCCAACAACAUUGGUGGCCCUAUUCCACCGGAGAUCGCUUCCAUUUCUGGCCUCCGCCUCCUCAAUCUCUCCAAUAAUAUUAUUAAUGAGACAUUCCCACCGGAACUUUCUGGGCUUAAGUCUCUGCAAGUGCUUGACCUUUACAACAACAACAUGACCGGCGACCUGCCACUCGCCGUCUCCGAAAUGACGAACCUCCGACACCUCCAUCUCGGUGGAAACUACUUCUCUGGCGUUAUUCCGCCGGAGUACGGACGGCUUCCUUUUCUUGAAUACUUGGCUGUUUCUGGGAACGAACUCACAGGCUCUAUCCCUCCCGAAAUCGGAAACUUAACAAACCUCCAACAGCUCUACCUUGGGUACUACAAUGGUUACACCGGUGGUAUUCCUCCAGAAAUCGGUAAUUUAUCAAGCCUCAUUCGCCUCGACGCUGCCAACUGUGGUCUCUCCGGUGAAGUUCCUCCGGAAAUCGGGAAGCUUCAAAACCUUGACACGUUGUUCUUGCAAGUGAACGGACUCUCUGGAUCUCUAACGAAGGAGCUUGGAAGCUUAAAGAGUUUGAAAUCCAUGGAUUUGUCGAACAAUAUAUUCUCCGGAGAAAUCCCCCCCUCUUUUGCAGACCUUAACAAUCUCACCUUACUAAAUCUGUUCCGAAACAAACUCCACGGAUCGAUUCCUGAUUUCAUCGGGGAACUGCCGGAGUUGGAGGUGUUACAGCUCUGGGAAAACAACUUCACCGGAAGUAUUCCUCAAGGCCUCGGCAAGAACGGAAAGCUACAGAUCCUUGAUCUGUCUUCCAACAAAUUAACAGGUUCACUUCCUCCCAAUCUAUGCAAUGGAAACAAACUCGAAACGAUAAUCACUUUGGGAAACUUUUUAUUUGGUCCGAUUCCUGAGUCUCUUGGUGAAUGCCAAUCUUUGAAUCGAAUCCGAAUGGGAGAAAAUUUCCUCAAUGGUUCAAUUCCAAAAGGGCUUUUUAGUUUGCCUCAUCUCUCUCAGGUUGAACUUCAGAACAACCUUCUCUCCGGUGAAUUCCCGGUGACCGAUUCUGUUUCAGCGAAUCUCGGUCAGGUCAGUUUGUCCAACAAUCGCUUAACCGGUCCACUGCCGGCCACCAUUAGCCAAUUUUCCGGUGUGCAGAAGCUUUUACUCGAUGGUAACAAGUUUACCGGCAACAUUCCCGGCGAAAUAGGCAAACUACAGCAACUAUCCAAGAUCGAUUUCAGCCACAACAGUUUAUCCGGCGAAAUCGCUCCUGAAAUCAGCCAGUGUAAACUUUUAACAUAUGUCGAUCUCAGCCGUAACCAGCUCUCCGGCGAAAUCCCAACCGAAAUCACAGGCAUGCACAUUCUAAACUACUUGAACGUCUCUCGUAAUCAUCUAAUCGGAAGCAUUCCAACAUCCGUUGCGUCAAUGCAAAGCUUAACGUCCGUCGAUUUCUCCUACAACAAUCUCUCCGGUCUUGUCCCCGGCACCGGUCAGUUCAGUUACUUCAAUUACACUUCAUUUUUGGGGAACGCCGAUCUCUGUGGACCAUAUUUAGGACCUUGUAAAGAAGGAAUCGCAAACGCCACCCAUCAACCACAUUCAAAAACAUCACUCUCCGCCUCUGUAAAACUUCUUCUCGUUCUUGGCCUACUCUUCUGUUCCAUCGCCUUCGCCAUUGCAGCAAUCAUCAAAGCUCGAUCUAUCAAGAAAGCGUGCAAAGCUCGAUCAUGGAAGCUUACUGCUUUCCAACGCCUGGAUUUCACUUGCGAUGAUGUUCUCGAUUCUUUAAAGGAAGAUAACAUCAUCGGAAAAGGAGGAGCCGGGAUUGUUUACAAAGGCGCCAUGCCCAACAAUGAGCUUGUUGCAGUGAAAAGAUUGCCAGCCAUGAGCCGUGGUUCUUCUCACGACCAUGGAUUCAAUGCCGAGAUUCAAACCCUAGGAAGAAUCAGACAUCGACAUAUCGUGAGAUUAUUAGGGUUUUGCUCCAACCAUGAAACUAAUUUGUUAGUGUAUGAGUAUAUGCCAAAUGGGAGUUUGGGUGAAAUGCUUCAUGGGAAGAAAGGGGGACAUUUGCUUUGGGACACAAGAUAUAAAAUCGCUAUUGAAGCUGCAAAGGGUCUUUGCUAUCUCCACCAUGAUUGCUCACCAUUAAUCCUCCAUCGUGAUGUCAAAUCAAACAAUAUACUUUUGGAUUCCAAUUUUGAAGCCCAUGUGGCCGAUUUUGGUCUUGCAAAGUUCUUGCAGGAUUCCGGCACCUCAGAAUGUAUGUCUGCCAUUGCUGGUUCUUAUGGCUACAUCGCCCCAGAAUAUGCAUACACGCUUAAGGUUGAUGAAAAGAGCGAUGUGUAUAGCUUUGGUGUGGUUCUUUUAGAACUUGUAACAGGAAGAAAACCAGUUGGGGAAUUUGGAGAUGGUGUUGAUAUUGUGCAAUGGGUUAGAAAGAUGACAGAUGGAAGCAAAGAAGGUGUUAUGCAAAUCUUGGAUCCAAGACUUUCAAGUGUUCCAAUUCAUGAAGUAAUGCACUUGUUUUAUGUUGGAAUGUUAUGUGUUGAAGAACAAGCGGUUGAACGUCCGACAAUGAGAGAAGUUGUGCAAAUGUUGACGGAGCUCCCAAAGCCGCCCAAUGCCGCCACCACCACCGCCUUAGCUCCGGCAUCGCCCACCAUGGAAGAUGGCAAAGAGAAGCAAGAGCCGGCUGAUCUUUUAAGCAUAUGAAGGAAAGAGUAAUGGUGUUUGAGUUGGUUAAUUUGGGGUUAGGUUUGGUUUUUUGUUCUUUUUUAAUGUUUAGGGGGGGAGGGAAGGGUUUUUAAUUGUAAGUGUUAAGGAUGUUUUUGUUAUGUUUUAGAAAGUAAUUUGUGAAUAGUAAGAUUGGUUGGGGGUUUUUAAGUUUA